AACCCGUGAAACAGGUCGUAUGACAAAGAGUUUGCACAAUCACGUCACGCAAUACAUCAAGCUGGAUCAUAAGUACGACAUCGGAAUCGAGUGUGACACUCACUUGCCUAUCUUGGCUCAGAAGAUCUUCUGGAGAGGUAUUUACUUCGCACCAGGAAACUCCUCCGAGAGGCACGGAAACUCGUCAUUGGAGCACGUGGACAUAGAAAAUGCUUUCGACGGAAUAAAAGCAAAGAAAGAGGCCCCUGACUUGCUUGGCAUUUCUAUAAGGGAUGGCGCCUAUGGAGUGCAGGUGCAAGAACUUGCUAAACCUAUGGCAAUUGUCGACUCCACAAUCCUGAGUCCAAGAAUGAUGGGUGUAAACAUCGAGAACUCAUUUGGCAAUGUUAUUAUGCACAAUGCCACCAUAGAAAAUACAAGGUUUGGAGAAGGACUCGUUUACACGCGUACAGCGGUAGAUCUAUGUUCCGUCUUUCCGCAGAAGAUUUCCUUCCCAUUGCUUGUGAAUGUAGUUGCAAUAGCCUCGAUGACUAGAUGCAGCCAGAUUCUCAAAGCGUCACCUGGAAAAAGACUCACCGUGCAUUUUACGCAGAUCAAAGGAUAUGGAUUUGAGCUCGAUAUUGUCGAUGGAAACGCGAAAAACAAAACUCUAAUCAGCAGAAUUACACGUACCCACAGAGGAAAGACAAUAACAAUUAGUUCUAGUUCUGUGACGGAAUUUAUUUUUUUUUCCGAAUAUGGCCUUUGGUUGGGAGGUGACUUGAAGAUGAUCGUCGUCGAGGAUCCAGUUCAGGAGCCAUCAAUUUUGAUCUCAAAUUGUAAAAUUUCCAACAAUUCUCAGUCUGGGAUUGAACUUAACGAUGCUAUUGGCCCUUCUAAAAUUUCUCAUACGGCGGUUAAAGGAAACGGUGUCGGUCUACAAGUGAAAAACUCACGAGGUAGACUCCAUGUUGUGUCAUCGGUGUUUGAAGCUAACGAAAACGACGGUGUGGAAAUGAAUACUAUGAAAGGACCUGCAGAAUUUGAAUCUGUCAAUUCAUCAAAAAACCAAGCAUCAGGAAUUGCAAUUAAUAUAGGAACAUUUUCAUUCCAAAUGACCGAGAGCCGCACAGAAGAUAAUUCAAACCAGGGGUUGUUCAUCACAAACCAACUUAACUCCACCAUCAAUAUUUCCAACACACAUCUCAGUCGAAACAAAGGGGGUCACGGAAUUUAUAUGAGGGACUUCAAGCGUAACUGCCAGUAG